UUCACGACACCGUUAGCACCUCCUCUUGUUAACCUUGUUCUGUUUCUCUCUUCCCCCUUCUCUCCGUCUCUCUCUCACUCAAUAUUUUGAGGUAAUUUGCAAUGGCUGAACCUUCCAAGGUCAUUCACGUUCGAAAUGUGGGGCAUGAGAUAUCUGAAAAUGAUUUGCUUCAACUAUUUCAGCCUUUUGGAGUAAUAACAAAGCUUGUGAUGUUGCGUGCCAAAAAUCAGGCUCUUCUUCAAAUGCAAGAUAUUCCUUCUGCAGUUAAUGCUUUACAAUUUUAUGCAAAUGUCCAGCCAAGCAUAAGGGGGAGAAAUGUUUAUGUCCAGUUUUCCUCACAUCAAGAACUAACUACAAUGGAUCAAAAUCAAGCACGAGAAGAUGAGCCAAAUCGAAUUCUCUUAGUUACAGUUCAUCACAUGCUGUAUCCUAUAACAGCGGAUGUGCUACAUCAAGUGUUUUCUCCCCAUGGAUUUGUGGAAAAGAUUGUAACAUUCCAGAAGUCAGCUGGCUUUCAGGCUCUCAUCCAGUAUCAAUCCCGUCAAAGUGCUGUUACUGCCAGAAGUACUCUUCAGGGACGCAAUAUUUAUGAUGGUUGUUGUCAGCUGGACAUUCAGUUCUCAAACCUUGAUGAACUACAAGUGAACUACAAUAAUGACCGUUCAAGGGACUUCACAAACCCUAAUCUGCCUACAGAGCAGAAAGGUCGAUCUUCACAACCUGGAUAUGGUGAUGCAGGAGGCAUGCAUUCUGGAGCCAGGGCAGGUGGAUUCUCUCAGAUGGCCAAUGCUGCAGCAAUUGCAGCUGCCUUUGGGGGAGGUUUGCCUCCUGGCAUAACUGGAACAAAUGAAAGGUGUACAGUUCUUGUCGCAAAUCUCAAUCCCGAUAGAAUAGAUGAGGAUAAAAUGUUCAACUUGUUCUCCAUUUAUGGGAACAUUGUCAGAAUUAAACUUCUCCGAAAUAAGCCAGAUCAUGCACUUAUCCAGAUGGGAGAUGGUUUUCAAGCUGAAUUGGCAGUACAUUUUCUGAAGGGAGCCAUGUUGUUUGGAAAGCGAUUGGAGGUCAACUAUUCAAAGCAUGCAAACAUAACCCAAGGUGCUGAUACACACGAGUACGCCAAUUCAAAUCUCAAUCGAUUCAAUCGUAAUGCUGCUAAGAACUACCGGUAUUGCUGCUCUCCAACAAAGAUGAUCCACUUGUCCACCCUCCCGCAAGACAUAACCGAAGAGGAGAUUGUGAGCCUUUUGGAGGAGCAUGGAACCAUUGUCAACAGCAAGGUCUUUGAGAUGAAUGGAAAAAAGCAGGCACUUGUUCAGUUUGAGACUGAGGAGCAGGCUACUGAAGCCCUUGUGUGCAAGCAUGCAAGCCCACUUUCUGGAUCGGUUGUUCGCAUCUCCUUUUCCCAGUUGCAGAAUAUAUGAGCCAGACUUUGAUAAGGGCUGAAGGGAAACAGUUUUAUGGUUGCAACUUGCUCGGCUUAUUAGGGACAAGGAAUUCUGAAUUUGGGAAGGAUAAUUUUAUGCAGAUAAUGUCACCUUCAUUGUCAUUGUAAUGGUCUCUUUGCUUGCUAAUUUACUGAUAAAACCUGAACUACUUUUUUUUUCUCUUUGAAUCAUUUAUCUUUUCAUCUCCAUUGCCUCUACUAGAUAUUUAGGUUUCUAACAUAAUAUUGUGGGGCAAGCUUUAUUAUUGCAGAUGGAUGUAGUCUUAAAGAAUAGAAAAAGGAGGAGGGAAGUUACUACCUUCUUCGGGGUUGAGGGAUUGCCUUAGGGUUUUUUAUAAUGAUUGUUGUAUAUUUUCUGUAAUUCAGGCUAAGUAGGCCUUUUCUGUUGUAUUCUCAAUCCAUUUCAAUUUUCUUGUCCAACUAAGUAAAAUGCUACUACAUUUUUGUUUUUGGUUCA